UGUAAUAACACCGCCUGAACGAUAGGGGGCAUGAUUGUCCGGUUUGUUUUUGGAUUUAAGACAGGAAAAAGUUGCAAUGGAUAAGUUUGACGAGGAAACUGUAAAGCUGCCUUUUGGGAAGAAGGAUCUGGACGCUGUCUUGUGUUUCCCAACCUCAGUGAGAACAGAUGUUCACACAGCUGUAAUACUCACACAUGGAGCAGGAGGAGACAUGAACUUCAGGCAUCUGGUUAGUCUCGCACGCGCCCUGGCUUCACAGGGUUUCCUCUGCCUUCGUUUUACAUGCAAGGCUUUAAACCUGAGUUACAGAAUAAAAGCCUACUCUGCUGUUUGGGACUACUUGAAAACAUUACAGAAGUUUACAAUAAAGCACGCUUUUUUUGGAGGGAGGUCGAUGGGAUGUCGAGCUGCUGCAGCCCUGGCCAGGCGUUUGAGCGAUGAAUCAGAGGAUGGAGUUCAGGGGGUCAUCUGCCUCUCCUUCCCUCUGCACCCACCCGGACAGAUGCACGCUCACCGCCAGCGAAGUGAAGACCUCAGGAUGCUGCCUGAGUGCGUGCGUGUGCUGUUUGUGUCAGGCACUGAGGACAACAUGUGUGACAGG